AUGGCAUCGCAUCCAGACCAAACCCCGGUUGAGACGGGCACCUCAGAGGUCCGCAGCGAGGUGAAGAAGCCCAAGAAGAAGAAGGUCCUGCUCAUGGGUAAGUCCGGAUCGGGCAAGUCCAGCAUGAGAAGCAUCAUUUUCAGUAACUACAUUGCUCGAGAUACCAGACGGCUCGGCGCCACCAUCGACAUCGACCUUUCCCAUGUCAAGUUUCUCGGGAACCUGACACUCAACCUCUGGGACUGCGGAGGCCAGGAAGCUUUUAUGGAGAACUACCUCUCCCAACAACGGAUCCAUGUCUUCUCCAACGUCGGGGUGUUGAUUUACGUGUUUGACAUUGAAUCGCGCGAUGUGGACCGUGACCUCGCCACCUACGUCUCUAUCCUGUCCGCUCUGCUGCAAUACUCGCCAGCGGCCAAGAUCUACUUUCUCAUCCACAAGAUGGACCUCGUCGUCCCUUCCGCUCGCGAGUCCGUAUACGAAGAACGCGUACGGACGGUCAAGCAAAAGACGACCGAGUACGUCAACUCGUUUGGUGGAGACGCCAGUGCCAUGGAGUUGACGCCGUUUGCGACGUCGAUAUGGGAUCAGAGCUUGUACAAAGCCUGGGCAUCGAUUAUCCACGACCUGGUCCCCAACUUGGCCGUCAUUGAGAGAAACCUGGCCAACCUGGGCUUAGCCAUCGAGGCAGAAGAACUCCUUCUUUUCGAGCGGACAUCGUUCCUAGCAGUAUCGUCCUGGACCUCGCCCGAGGGACGUCGAAACCCCACCGAGGACAGACUUGAGCGCAUGUCCAACAUCAUGAAGCAUUUCAAGCAGAGCAUUUCUCGCUUCACCGGCACGCCAAGAAAUGCCGAGCAGUUCAUCCGCAUGGAGCAUAAAGCAGGCAUGCGAUUCAAUCUGUUUAUACUGAAAUUCACCACCAACACGUACCUCAUGGUCGUCUUGCCACCUGGCGAAGCUCGAUUCAACGCUGCCAUGCUGAACUGCCAAAUUGCCAUUGAGCAUUUUAAAUUUCUUGACGGGCCGGCACCGCCGCCUUCAGCCACCUCCGCGGUGCCGGCUACCGCGGCGUGA